AUGCUCCUCCCCCGACUCGUCGUCCCACUUUGCGCCCUCGCCUCGACCUCGGCCGCCGCCUACCUCCCCGCACAGGCCGUCCUGGCCUCGGUCGACCCUGCCGUCCCCGUCGCAGCCGCCCGACCACCGCUCAAGGGCCGCUUUAUCCACCUCACCGACGUUCACCCCGACCCCUUCUACCGCCCGGGCUCGUCCGAGGACGAGGCGUGCCACUUUGCCGCCAAGAAGAAGCACAAGCACAAGCACGACAAGCGCGCUGGCGGCGACAACAACGAGCGCGGCGUGCGCGUGCGGGAUCGAGCUGCUCGAGUCGGCCAGGACGAGCGCGAGGCCGGCGACGGCUGCGAGGACGGCGCAGCGCUCCUGUCCGACAAGCCUCGGACAGCUGGUCACUGGGGUCUGCCCAUCAGCGACUGCGACUCGCCCAUCGCGCACGUCAACGCGACGUUCGACUGGAUCGAGCAGCACUUCAAGGGCGAGGUCGACUUUGUCGUCUGGACGGGCGACAACGCGCGACACGACAUCGACUCGCGGCUACCGCGUUCGCUCCCCGAGAUCUUCGAGUUGAACCAGUACAUCGUCGAGCGGGUCCGCAAGACGUUCGGCAAGGGCGUGCCCGUCGUCGCGAGCGUCGGCAACAACGAUGUCUACCCGCACAACGUCAUGUUCCCCGGGCCCAACAAGGUGACGAGCGGGUUGCUCGACAUCUGGAAGCACAUCAUCCCCGAGCACUUCCUCCACACGUUCGCUCGCGGCGGCUACUACUCGGUCGAGGCGGCCGGCGGCGACCUCCUGCUCGUGUCGCUCAACACGAUCUACUUCUACUCGCGCAACACGGUCGUCGACGGCUGCCCGCCGUUUGACGAGGACCUCGCCUCGUCUCGCACCUUUGCCGACAUCGUUCCGCCCUACCUCGCGACGGUCGACUCGCCUGCGUCGCCCGAGGCCGCCGCGCUCUUCGCCGCACAUGUCGCCGCCCUGACGACGGCGCGCGACAUGGACCCGGGCACCGAGCAGCUCCUGUGGCUCGAGCAGCAGCUCGUCCUCGCGCGCGCGAGGGGCAUGCAGGUCAUCCUCACGGGCCACGUGCCGGCGACCGAGACCAACUGGUACGAGGGUUGCUGGACGCGGUACGCCGAGCUCGCGCUCGGAUACCAGGACACGGUCGUCGGGCAGCUGUUCGGCCACAUGAACGUCGACAUGUUCUCGUUCGUCCAGGAGGCCGACACGUCGUCGACGGCCGCCGCCGCCUCUCGCCCUCGGGUCGGCACGUCGCCUGCCCUGAACGACCGUCUCGUCGCGCCCUUCUCGGCGUCGCUCGUCGACGACCUGCACGCGCUGUACGACUCGCUCCCGGCUCUCGACAAGCUCAAGGAGCGCGACUACCUGCCCGUCCACGUCAACCCGAGCGUCAUCCCGACCUACCUCCCCGGCCUGCGCGUGUGGGAGUACAACACGUCGAGGCACGCCCGCGAGCAGACGCUCGAGCUCGUCCGGGCCGAGCAGGACGGCGACGAGGCCGGUUCGACGCUGGCGGGCACAACGCUCGAGCGCCUCGCCGCAGCGCUCACCGGCGGCGCCUUCACGCCGCACCAGGACCGACCCGCCGACCCGGACCGCCCGCCCAAACCGCCUCGGCACUCGUCGCCGCACGCUCCUGCCCGGCGCAACACGUACCUGUCACCGCUCGCCUACACGCAGUACUACCUGCCGCUGUCGAGCUUCGAGGCGCCAGGCGUCGCCAACGGCAGCGUCGCGCCGCACUGGGAGGUCGAGUACACGACCCUGUCGACGUCGGAGCUUGCGCGGCGGCUCGUGCGCACGUCGCCGUCCUCCCACGACGACAAGGCGCACGACCCGCUCUUCCCGCUCGACACCCUCCCCGCCCGAGUGUGCGCCCUCCUCGCCUCGCCGCGCGUGCGCUCCCCCGCCGCGCUGCACGCCCUGCGCCGCGCCCUGCGCCGCGCCAAGCUGACGCCGUACGACGGCGUCCUGUCGGCCGACGAGGGCCUGACGGUGCGCGCGUGGGUGCGCGCCGCACGGUGGGUCGUCGGCAAGGAGGAAGGGAGGGACGGCGGCAGGGGCGAGGGGCAGUGGGAGGCUUACCGCGAGAGGAUGGGCGUCGGGAGCGGCGAGUUGUAGCUAGACUGUCGAUCGAGGAGGAGCGAGGGCGCCGUCAUAUAUCUGCAUGUUGUC